ACUGCCCGCGUGCUGAGGAUUGGGAACAGCUGCGGUGUUGAAGUGGGAGGCGUUUAUUGGGUCGUGAAGGGCUUUGCAUCUCGUGGGGCGCUGUGGAAGUGGUGGCCUAUCGUUUCCACAAACGACCAGCAGGAUUUGAAGACGGUGAUCUGCAGACCAAUCGUAGUUUAUCCAGGUCUUCGGAAGAUGGAUUAUGGCUAUGGGUACAGCUCGUAUGAGGGCCACACAGGUGACCCACGGCUUGACCUGGAGUAUGAGCGCCAGUUCAGCCAGUACAAGGUCCCGGACCCGGUGCGGAAGUUUGUCGUUCAUCUACGAAACAUGAUCCGCGAGAACAACGUGGACGACGUGCAGCAGCUGUACGAGCACGAGUUUCCGAGGAUCACACAGGAGUUCUUCGAGGGUCAGCCGUGGCCGGAGGCGGCCGACAUCGCGCCCUACAUUGGCGACGACCCCAGCAACCUGAUGUUCAUGAUCCUGUACAAGGAGCUGUACUUUCGGCAUCUGUACGCGCUGCCAGCCUCCAACCUGAAGAUCGAGAACCGCUUUCACUCGUACUUCAACUACUGCAGCCUCUUCAACAUGAUUCUGUUGACGGAGACGCCAAUUAACCUGGAGUUGCCGAACCAGUGGCUGUGGGAUAUCAUCGACGAGUUCAUCUACCAGUUCCAGGCGUUCACGCAGUACCGCAGCAAGCUGGCCAAGAAGUCGCCGGACGAGUUGGAGCAGCUGCGAGAGAACGCCACCGUCUGGAAUGUGCUCAGCGUCCUGAACGUGCUGCACUCGCUGGUGGAGAAGAGCAACAUCAACCAGCAGCUGGAGGUGUACACGAGCGGCGGCAAUCCAGACUCGGCGGCCGGCGAGUUCGGCCGCCACCCACUGUACAAGAUGCUGGGCUACUUCAGCCUGAUUGGCCUGCUGCGACUGCACUCGCUCCUCGGAGACUACUAUCAGGCCAUCAAGGUGCUCGAGAACAUCGAGCUCAACAAAAAGGCGCUGUACUCGCGCGUGCCGGCCUGCCAGAUCACCACCUACUACUACGUCGGCUUCGCCUACCUGAUGAUGCGGCGCUACGCGGACGCCAUCCGCACCUUCUCCAACAUCCUGCUGUACAUCCAGCGUACCAAGCAGCAGUUCCAGGGGCGCGGCUACCAGUCGGACCAUAUCAACAAGCAGACGGACCAGAUGUACACGCUGCUGGCCGUCUGCCUGGUGCUUCAUCCGCAGUCGAUCGACGAGUCGGUCCAGUCGCAGCUCAACGACAAGUACCACGAGAAGAUGCUCAAGAUGUCCCGCGGAGUCAGGGAGGAGUGCGAGACCAGCUUCACGUUCGCGUCGCCCAAGUUCCUGUCGCCGGUGCCGCCGCCGCUGGACGGCCUGGCUGGCAGCCUGCGCGAGCCGCAGAAGCAGCAGCUGACCGUCUUCAUGGACGAGGUGGACCAGCAGGUCCGCACCGCUGAUGCUGCUGGUGCCGUUUGUUUUCGCAGCUACCUGCGCCUGUACACCACCAUGCCGGUGGAGAAGAUGUCCGCCUUCCUGGGGCUGGGCCAGGACGUGUUCCGUAGCUACCUGAUGUGCUUCAAGCACAAGAUGAAGAACGUGGUGUGGUCGCGCGGCACGUCCGGACUGGACGGCGAGUUCCAGUCCGACUCGGAGAUCGACUUCUACAUCGACGGCGACAUGAUUCACAUCGCCGACACCAGUGCGCAGCGGUACGGCGACUUCUUCAUCCGGCAGAUCCACAAGCUCGAGGAGCUCAACCACAGCCUACGCGCCAUCAAGGUUUAGUGGGCGCCGCCGCCGCCAGGUGGCAGGCCGGUCGACGGCAACGCGACGGACGGAGA